UUUUUUAGAAUAUAAAAUAAUACAGAAAUAAUUUUUCUUUUAAAUUUUAGUUGGUUUCGUCAAGUUGAACAGCCCCUUCGAACAUUUGAAAUGGCCGGAAUAGAAACCUGGAGUAGUGAAUUUGAAGAAGCAUCAAAGCUGUCGAUCGUUCCUGUAAUGAGAAUUUAUUCUCCAAUUGCAGUGAAGCUAAAUUAUAUAGACAAUGGCAAUAAGCUUCUUAUUAUCAAUCUUCCUCGUAAGCUCUUGAUUAACUAAACCUUCCUCUCCUUUAACAAUUACAGUUUCUUUUCCCUUUUUUAUUUUGCUUAUCAUCUUAUUAAAUUUGUUCAAUUUGACUCAUUACAACAGCUAUUCUUACCAUUGGGAAUAUUAGCACUUUGCUCAAUUAUCAUGUCUGAAUUAAAAAAUAUGGAGAAUAAUUUACAAGAAAAGGGUUAUUAUUUGUCAAUUAUGAUAUGUGGAUACUCAUCUUUAUUAGAUAUUAUUGCGAAAGUAACAAGAUGGAAUGCAUUGGGCAAUGAAAUAAAAAGACG